AUGCAAGUCAAGUCCGUCAAAGCGUUCAUGAAGGACGUCAAGAGAAGGCUAUCCCACAAACAUAAACGAAAGUCAUCAGCUACGACGACGUCGACAGCCACUACUUCUCCCCCAUCCACACCUUCCGUUCACCACUCUCCUCUGUACGAUGAUCCGCACAUCACACCCGCCAGCCCGCGUAGUCAGUCUAGCAGUGCGACUCUGGGCUCUCGCCACUCUUCGGACGUCAUCGAUAUCAGCUCGAGGCACUCGAAAUCACCCUCAGAAGACAUGAUGUCUGCUGAUGACCAUGGAUCGGAUAACAGCGGUACCUUUGUCACCGCCGAUUGGGGUCUUGCUUCGUCUCCACGUGCGCGCAUUAAAUCCCUCGGCCGAAAUAGUUCGGUUGCACCAGCAUCUAUCGCAGAAUCAGUCUCUUCUUCCCACCCUUCUCAGAGCUCCCUCUACGCUUCUGCCCAUUCCAUGCCUCUGGAGGAUUCCAUUGAACGCCCCUCACAACUCCAGACUUUGCCUGAAGACGGUGGGGAGAGCCCAGGUAUACCAUCACAAGUGUUGGAACCUGAGGUACCGGAUCCGUUCAUAGUCGAAGGCUCGGAGGGCGCCUUAUCCGAGGGAGAGGGUGUCUCGGGAUAUGAGGUUGAGUAUGCCUCAUCUGAGAGCGAAGGAGUUCCCCCCGCAGAUGACGAGAUCGCGCUCGCACAAUCAGCCAUUCUUUCGCCGUCUGAAGCACCCCCCUCACUCCCUUCACCCAACGUCAACAAAGAUGUUCCCCCGCCUCCCGCAAGCGAAGCCGAGUCUGAGGCACCCGAAUUGUAUCUUCCUGGGCUUACAAUGCCUACAAUGUUCUUACCCAUUCCAAACACGGACCCUCUAAAUAUUCUCCUGACCAAAUAUGUAUCCCCGCCUGAGAAGCGUCCCGUACGAGAUGUCACUGGCGAAUGGCAAGAUUCUGAUUUUCACUCGAUGGUUAUGUCAAACAGCUGGCGAGCGCUUGCCAGAAUGGCGCGAGAUCGUCUGGUAACUUGUAACCCCGAGGACCUUAUUCGUGUUCUCGAUCUCUGGUCUCUGCGCCUAUCAAGCCUCGCUCGUCUCCGCCUCUACAACCAAACGUCCGCUGAAUGCACCAACCUUUUCGCAGUGCUUAAUGCUACGGAGCCCCUGUCAGCCCGGACAUACCUAUUCGACCGCGUCCUCCCCUUUGAGCUCAAGGUUAUGCAUGCUCGCCUCAAAUACUGGGCAGGCGACCCCAUGGGCUACCUGGACGUCCUUUAUGCCUUGCUCAAGAAUUGCAAGAUCCAAGCCAAGAGUUCAAAAGCCGAGGGCGACGACACCAGCUUGUCAAUGUGGCUUGAGCGCGCUGCACGGAUGUGCCUGAUCAUUGCGUCGCAAAUGAUCGAGAUGAGGGAUUUCACUGCUGCAACGAAACUCUUGGAGCCGCUGUUCGCACAACGUACGGGGCAGCUACCUUCCCCUGCCAUUCGGUCUGCCGUGGGUCGCAUUUAUCUGCAGAGUGGAUACCUCACCCAAGCUGCGGCGCAUUUUGCUGUCGUGGAGGGCGACGCCAGCGUUCCGCAGACGCUCAAAGAUAUGAAUGCCGCCUUACUCGCAUGUGCCGAGGGAAACUGGGCGCGGGCAGAUGAACUGCUACGAGCCCUCGUACAAGCAGAACCGGAUAACUUUGUGGCGAUAAAUAAUCUGUCUGUGGCUCUUCUGAGUCAGGGGAAGCUCAAGGAGGGUAUCGAAGUUCUCGAAGCUGCGCUCCACAGCUCCCCAUCGACGGUCGUGGUAGCAGAACCAUACCUAUUCAAUCUUUCGACGCUCUACGAGCUCCACUCAGCCACAACUGUAGAGAAGAAGCGUGACCUUUUGAUAGAGGUGGCCAAGUGGAGUGGAGAUGGGCUGAAGACGACAUGCUUGAAAAUGCCGUCUACAUGACAGGUUUUAUUGGGGUGUCUUGGGGUUGUACCAUAUGAAUGGAAUGAACUAGUUUGGUCUUGUGCACUAAUUGUUA